UAUAGCAGCACUGUCUCUCCCUCUCUAAAGAAAUACAUACUGGAAAUACAUCCACGAGCCCUUCACAGCAGCCAGCUAGUUAUUUUUACUUGAAGGAGGGAAACUACAAAUAUUCUGUGAAGCUCUUCGUCGCAGCUUGGCUCCCGGCGAAAAAAAAGCGCAGGUUUUUCAGAGCAUUUGCUUACUGCUGGUGGUGGUGGGGCGUACACAUUGUGAAGUGCGAAAGAAGAAGCGAUAUGUGGCUCGCUCGGCAGCUGGUUUCGCAGUUCGUCUCCUGGAAUUAGUGGAUGAAUGGGAAGGGAGCGGCUGUAGCCUCGAACCGGGGAAAGAGAAUACUCCGAGCAGAGCCUGCGGUGGCACACAAUGGAUACUUGUCCGUCUCUAAAGGUGAAAAAGUGAACAGAUGAGGUGGAGGACUUCUUCCUCAGCACACACAGAGACGUCACCUUGCAGCGUUCAUCCGUGGGAGGAGAGGAAAUACUUGGGACUGUUUGUUGCCCUCAGGAGGAAUUCAAGGUCCCUUUCUGUGAACUAACAUGGACAAAGUGGUCAUCAGUCUCCUGCUUCUGGGAACCGCAGUAACGAUGGUCCAUGCAUGUCCAAAAUACUGUGUCUGCCAGAACCUCUCAGAGUCUCUAGGGACUCUGUGCCCCUCCAAAGGCUUGCUCUUUGUCCCGCCAGACAUUGACCGGCGAACUGUGGAGCUCCGGCUGGGCGGCAACUUCAUCCUCAAGGUCACCACCCUGGACUUUGUCAACAUGACGGGUCUUGUUGAUCUCACCUUGUCCCGUAACACCAUCAGCACCAUCCAGCCUUUCUCUUUCAUCGACCUGGAGACCCUAAGAUCCCUUCAUCUCGACAGUAACAGGUUGACUGAGCUGGGACCCGACGACCUCCGAGGACUGGCCAACCUGCAGCACCUGAUCCUCAACAACAACCAGCUGAAACAGAUAGCUGACACAGCCUUUGACGACUCGUUAUCAACAAUGGAAGAUCUGGAUUUGUCGUAUAACAACUUGCGCAAUGUGCCUUGGGAAGCCAUCCGCAAGAUGGUUAACCUCCAUCAGAUAAGUCUGGAUCAUAACCUCAUAUUGUACAUUUCUGAGGGGACUUUUACAGAUCUGGAUAAACUGGCCCGAUUGGACCUCACCUCCAACCGUCUCCAGAAGCUCCCUCCAGACCCCAUCUUUGGGCGCUCACAAAGCAAUGUAGUGAUGAGCACUCCUUAUGCACCUCCGCUCUCUCUAAGCUUUGGAGGAAAUCCAUUGCACUGCAACUGUGAAGUGCUUUGGCUUCGAAGGCUAGAGCGGGACGAUGAUAUGGAAACUUGUGCAUCUCCUAAUAGUCUAAAGGGGCGCUACUUUUGGUCUGUUCGUGAGGAGGAGUUUGUUUGCGAGCCCCCUCUGAUCACGCAACACACACAUAAAUUACUAGUGCUUGAAGGCCAAACGGCUAGCCUGCGCUGCAAAGCAGUCGGGGAUCCGAUGCCAACUGUGCAUUGGGUUGCUCCUGAUGAUCGUUUGAUCAGCAACUCCUCCCGAGCAACAGUAUACGAAAAUGGCACCCUGGACAUUUUAAUCACCACAUCCAAUGAUUACGGGAUUUUUACCUGCAUAGCUGCCAACGCUGCAGGGGAAUCUACGGCCUCCAUUGAACUGUCAAUCAUUCAACUCCCCCAUCUGAGUAAUGGUACAAACCGUACCACACAGUCCAAGUCAGGGCUUUCAGAUAUAACCAGUUCUACCAAGAUCAGUAAAGGGGAGCCUAAACCUCUACCAGAGAAGGUCGUUUCUGCAUCAGAAGUGACUGCCAUCUCUGCACUGGUCAAGUGGACUGUUAGCAAAUCAACUCCAAAGGUCAAAAUGUAUCAGCUUCAGUACAAUUGUUCUGAGGAUGAAGUCCUUAUUUACAGGAUGAUUCCCACGACUAACAGAGCCUUCAUAGUCACAAAUCUUGUCCCAGGAAUGCAGUAUGACUUGUGUGUCUUGGCCAUCUGGGAUGACACCGCCACCACCCUAACUGCCACCAACAUUGUCGGCUGUGUCCAGUUCAUAACCACGGAGGACUACCCGCAGUGCCAGUCUCUCCACAGUGGCUUCCUGGGUGGCACCAUGAUCCUAGUCAUCGGCGGCAUCAUCGUGGCCACGCUGCUGGUGUUCAUCAUCAUCCUCAUGGUGCGGUACAAGGUGACAAGUGGCAUUCAGACCGAUAAACUACCUGCUGUGAGCAACACGUACUCGCAGACCAACGGGGGGUUGAACCGGUUCAGCGGUGCCCAGCCGCAGGUCAAAUCCACAGUGGUGGUUAUGCGUGAGGAAAUGGUAGAGUUCAAGUGUGGAUCCCUCCAGAGCAGUCUAUCUUCAUCAUCAUCAUCUUCUAACUCAUUAGACAGCAAAAUAGGAAGGGGGGCUGGCGACCACUACAGCAUGCAGAGCAGUGAAUGCAGUACCUUGCCCAGCAGCAAGUUCAGGAGGCAUGGCACCAAAGCACGGCCAAACCUGGACCACCUUUUAGGGGCCUUCACCUCACUGGAGCUGCGAGGGGUAGCAAGGGACCACCACCGGGCUUCUGGCCCCACUACCUCUUCCAAUGCUAUGAUCACGGUAGCAAUGGUACCCCCGUCUGACAAACAACCCCUGCUCGGUAGGGCCGAGUCAACCACCAUGCUGGGACGUCUGUUAGGGAUGCCCCAAGAGGGUAAGCCCAGGAGGAGCCACUCGUUUGACAUGGGUCACGUGGGGGCUUCACAAUGUCGCGGCAGCCACCCUCGCAGAAUCAGUAACAUCUGGACUAAGCGCAGUCUGUCUGUCAACGGCAUGCUGCUGCAGUACGAUGACAGUGAGGACGAGAAACCUGCUUUCGAAAGCGCGGAGUGGGUGAUGGAAAGCACAGUUUGAGUGGGUCUUACUAUGAGGUUCAUGGCCAAUAAAUCUAUAUCAGGAGCUAAAAGGGACAUGAGUAUUUUGGCAAGGUGUUGCAAAUGGGAAUCUGCAUUUGAGUAUUGCAUGAAGUUCAUCCAUGUGAAUACUGUCUAAAUUAUGUGAGAAAAGACACUCAAAUCCAUAGAUUACUGGCCAUGAUCUCAAAUCUCUGAAAGUGUCUAACUGUAUUUCAAUACUGUUCCCAUGUCAAAACAACACUGAUUCCUGGAUUGUGCAGUGGGAAUAAUGUCCCAACCACAAGGCAUAUGAAAGUGUCUCAUAGAGAAAGAGGGGGAAAAAGGAUGAUCAAUUCUGAGUGGAUUUACUAAGUCUUUAUCGAAAAACUGAAUGCCAAGAGGAUUUGCCUCGGCUGUGGUGAACUGAAUGUGCGUCACAAUGUCUUGGACCCUCAGCACGAAAUGGAACUACUGCAACAGACAAUGGGACUGCUGCGACAGUAGCGAGAAAGACUGGAAGAGCGAAUAGAACAUUAAAACAAAGUCAUUUUUAUUUUCAUCUUGGUUUUUCUACAAUUUUUACUGUUUAUUAUUUGAUGUAAUUCCUCAGCAUUUGAAUGAGUCCAAAUUGACUUUUAUUAGUUUGAUAAAGGUCAUUAUGCUGCUCAAGGGAGGAUGUUAAGCAGAGACAAUGGGAGAAAGAUAUAUUUAAAAAAAGGGCCAAACAGCUGGAAACUAGCUUGAAAUAUAUCUCACAAGAUUGCGUGAUACAGAACCACAGUUGGUUUUUGUAUUAUGUGAAUUGAUUCAUCAAAAGAACCAUUCAUCUUUUACCGUCUUUCAUUCGGAGCUGUACAUUGCAGUACAAUUCUUUGAAUUAGUGGCUAUUGGGAUUACUGCCAAGACAUCCCUACACAUUUUGAUGCCUUUCUCGAUAUAUUGUGGGUUUCUGCUGCAUUUAAAAAAUGUCGGGUGGUCAUAAUUUUUGUAUUAUUUUCAUCCUAGGUGUACUGUUCUGUAUAUUGGCAUUUUUGUUGUACAAAAACUGGGUGAGAAUGUAAAGGGGGGGGGGGAAUUGUGCAGUAGUACUUUUAUUUUCAUGUGAAGCAAACAGUGAGAAGGUGCUUUACUGUGGUGUACCAACUUGGUCAUUGUUAGUUGGCUCACUGAAAUAGGAUUUUACAUGAUGUCACAUCUAAACUACUGGCUGAUUUAAAGGGUCAGCUAAAAUGUAAAAGAUACAUUCAAAUGUCUUGGUUUAUUUGCCAAGGAUUUAUUAUCCCACUAUGAAAUGUCUACCUCCACCAUAACGCAGUUGGUGUGCAAAAUAACAUUAUAUACCAACAGACAGUUUUCAGAGUUGUAACCAUAACACGUAUACCACAGAAGCCAUCUAUUUAAUACAUAUGGGGGUAUAAACUCUGUGUGAGCUUAUAGCACUAUUUGUUGUAUUUUCUUCAGUGCCAUUACAAAAGUUUGGCAUUAUUUCUCCCAUGUAUCUUAAAGAGACCGAUAUAACAAUGAACCAAUCCUUUUGAAAUAUGUGUUGUCCUCUGACACAGAGCUUGUUUGCUAAGACACAAACAGGGGAAAUGUUAUUUUUUACCAAAAUUACAGGAACUUUAGUUUAUUUUGACUAAAUCCUGAAAAGAGAAUCAUUUUUAAAAAAAUGCAAAACUUGAGUAAAUGAAACGAACAUUUCUGCAUGAAAUGCCUAUAAAGAUGAAUACGAAAAUUCCUUUUUCUUUUAUUUGGGGUAACUGACCCUUUAACCUGCUCUCUUUACCUGUGACAUCAUGUAACAUCCUCUGCCACUAUGUUAACUGACAAUACAAUUUAAGUGUUUACUUGACUUGACAUAGUCAUGACUCUCACCUGAGGUUCUAGGACAAAAACAAGAAAAAAACAUGUUCCUGUGUGAAAACAUUUUGCUACAAAAGAAUAUAAAAUAUUGAUCUAUU